AUGUCUCUUUCUAAGAAGUUAACUUUGGACACACUGGAUGUGAAAGGGAAACGAGUCAUCAUGAGAGCAGACUUCAAUGUCCCCAUGAAGAAGAACCAGAUUACAAACAACCAAAGAAUCAAGGCCUCCCUCCCAAGCAUCAAAUACUGCCUGGAUAACGGAGCCAGGUCGGUGGUUCUCAUGAGUCAUUUAGGUAGACCUGAUGGUGUUCCGAUGCCUGAUAAAUACUCCUUAGAGCCUGUUGCUGCUGAACUCAAAUCCUUGCUGGGCAAGGACGUUCUGUUCCUAAAGGACUGUGUGGGCCCAGAAGUGGAGACAGCUUGUGCUAGCCCAGCUACCGGUACAGUCAUCUUGCUGGAGAACCUGCGCUUUCAUGUGGAAGAAGAAGGGAAGGGCCAAGAUCCUUCUGGAAAUAAGCUUAAAGCUGAGCCAGAUAAAAUAGAAACCUUCCGAGCAUCCCUCUCCAAGCUAGGGGAUGUGUAUGUCAAUGAUGCUUUUGGCACGGCUCACCGGGCCCACAGUUCCAUGGUGGGAGUGAAUCUGCCCCAGAAGGCAUCUGGAUUCCUGAUGAAAAAGGAGCUGGAUUACUUUGCCAAAGCCUUGGAAAACCCAGAGAGACCCUUUCUGGCUAUACUUGGUGGAGCCAAAGUGACAGACAAGAUCCAACUCAUCAAAAAUAUGCUGGACAAGGUCAAUGAGAUGAUUAUUGGUGGUGGAAUGGCUUAUACCUUCCUUAAGGUACUCAACAACAUGGAGAUUGGUGCUUCCCUGUUCGAUGAAGAGGGAGCGAAGAUUGUCAAAGAGAUUAUGGCCAAAGCUGAAAAGAAUGGUGUGAACAUUACCUUUCCUGUUGACUUUGUCACUGCUGACAUGUUUGAAGAGAAUGCUAAGGUUGGCCAAGCCACUAUAGAAUCAGGGAUACCUCCUGGCUGGAUGGCUUUGGACUGUGGUCCUGAGACCAACAAGAAGUAUGCGCAAGUGGUGGCCCGGGCCAAGCUAAUUGUGUGGAACGGACCUUUAGGGGUAUUUGAAUGGGAUGCUUUUGCUAAAGGGACCAAAGCCCUCAUGGAUGAAAUUGUGAAAGCCACUUCCAAGGGCUGCAUCACCAUUAUAGGAGGUGGAGAUACUGCUACUUGCUGUGCCAAAUGGAACACUGAAGAUAAAGUCAGUCACGUGAGCACUGGAGGAGGUGCCAGUCUAGAGCUUCUGGAAGGUAAAGUCCUUCCUGGAGUGGAUGCCCUCAGCAACCUGUAG